GACGCCGGGCAUAAUCUCCCCAAAAAACAGAAAUUGGGGUCAAAUGUCAUACCUAUCAGAUUUCUUCUACUGCCAGGCAGAAAACAGAUAUAGUGAUGUGGCAGGCUGAAUUUUGACUGUGAAGAAGACAUAUAUCGAAGAACAUUUUUGCCACAGAGGAACCAUUUUAAAACUUUUCACAGAGGAGAAAACAUUGCACAAACUAUGGAUAUAAAAUUGUGCGUUUUCUUGUCUUUUGCUUUGCUGUCGUUGGGAAUUGCUGCAGCAAAUGAUUUACUGCUGGUGACCGUGGCAACAGAUCACAACGAUGGCCUACGGCGAUAUCUGAGAAGUGCAAGAAUAAACGACCUAAACGUGCAGGUGUUUGGUUUGGGCGAGAAGUGGCAAGGUGGGGACAUGACAGGCCAAGGAGGGGGCCAUAAAAUCAACAUUCUGAAGAAAGAGUUGGAAAAGUAUAAAGACCAGGAGGACUUGAUUAUCAUGUUCACUGACAGCUACGAUGUAGUGUUGACAGCUGGAAAAGAUGAGAUUAUUGAGAAGUUCCGUAAGUUUGAUGCCCGGGUUGUCUUCUCGGCCGAGGGAUUCUGCUGGCCAGAUAAGUCACUCUAUGACCAGUACCCAGAGGUCAAGAUAAAUGAGAAGAGAUUCCUGUGUUCAGGAGGUUUCAUUGGCUAUGCCCCGGAAAUAUAUAGUAUAAUAUCCCACACUGCUGUUGACAACACCGACGAUGAUCAACUGUACUACACCAACAUCUUCCUGGAUAAAACCCUCAGAGAAAAAUGGAGCAUAAAGCUUGACAAGAAGUCGGAACUUUUCAUAAAUCUGCAUGGAGCAUUGGGUGACAUAAUGCUGAAGUUCAAGGGGGACCAUAGUUUCCUGUACAACGUGAAAACGGGAACUGUUCCUAUAGUCAUUCAUGGAAAUGGACCAAUCAAGCCUGAGUUUAACCGAUUAGCCAAUUACCUAGCAGAUGGCUGGACGCCUAGCAGUGGCUGUGUGACCUGUGGAGAGGAAACAAUCAGUCUGGAUGGUCUCCUGGAGGACGACUAUCCAACCAUUAUGAUGGGCAUCUUUGUCGAACGUCCAACACCGUUUCUGAGGGAGCUCUUCAAACAUGUGGCUGCCCUGGACUAUCCCAAGUCCAAAAUCAGCGUCUUUAUGCACAACACUGUUGAGCGGCACCAGCAGGAGUUGAAGACCUUCCUGCUGGAGGUUGGUCAGGAGUAUGAAAGUCUCCGUGUUAUCAACCCCAUGGAUGAAGUGACCGAGGCAGAUGCACGCAACUCCGCAAUCGAUGAUUGUAUCAAGAUGGCCUGCCAGUAUUUCCUGAACAUUGAUGGGGAUGUCCACGUGGAGAACAGCAAUGCCAUCAAAUUGCUCAUGCGCCAGAAUAGGUCAGUUAUAGCCCCCAUGAUUUCUCGGCAUGGAAAGGCGUGGUCCAACUUCUGGGGAGGUCUCAGUUCUACAGGCUUCUAUGCCAGAUCUGAGGACUACAUGGACAUAGUUAACAGAGAUAGGGUUGGCCUGUGGAAUGUGCCCUACAUGGGUGGCAUGUACCUGAUCCAAGCCCAUGUUCUACCCAGCAUCCAAGGGGGAUUUGCCUCUAGUGAGGGCUUUGAUGCUGAUAUGGCGCUGUGUGCUACCCUCAGGGACAAGGGUGUGUUCAUGUUUGUGACAAAUCGGGACUGGUACGGCCAUCUCAUCAACACUGACGAUGUGGACAUCAAGCGUAAACACCCCGAGCUCUACCAAAUAUUUAACAACCCCUUGGACUGGGAGAGGAGAUAUAUACACGAAAACUAUUCACAGAGUCUAGCACCGGACUCUGUUAUUGAGCAGCCAUGUCCAGACGUGUUUUACUUCCCAAUUAUGACCGAGAUGUUCUGUGAUGAAAUAGUUGAAGAGAUGGAGUACUACGGUGGCUGGUCUGGCGGCAAAAACAAUGAUGAUCGACUGGCCACAGGGUACGAGAACGUUCCAACAGACGAUAUACACAUGACACAGGUGGAUCUUCAGGAAGAUUGGCUAGAAUUUUUACAAAAAUAUGUGUCACCUCUACAGCAGAAGGUGUACCCAGGUUAUGACCAUGAUCCGCCAAGGGCCAUCCUGAACUUCAUAGUGAAGUACAACCCAGAGCGUCAGCGAGAGUUACGCCCCCAUCAUGACAGCUCAACCUUCACCAUCAACAUUGCCCUCAACACUCCACACGUAGAUUAUGAGGGAGGUGGUUGUAGGUUCAUCCGGUACAACUGUAGCAUAAUUGAGACACGUAAAGGCUGGAUGGCGAUGCACCCUGGACGCUUGACCCACUAUCAUGAAGGUCUGCAAAUCAAGUCAGGCACCAGAUAUAUCUUUGUCUCGUUUGUAGACCCUUAGAUCCAUGUGAUUGUGUUUUUGCGAUGAUUGAUCAAGUGUUAUCAUAUUUGCAAAAGGUUGUGUGUUUGUGCAGUCUUGGAUUAAAGUAUCUUUCAAAUGUUUAAACAUUAACACUUAGUUACUGUUAAUGUAUUUGGUUUUGUGAGGACUAUGUUUAAGACAUGUAAAAAAAGGGAUUUUUGCACAGUCUUAAAUUUAGCCAUUUUUAUCAUUUUUUUUUAAAAAUCAUGGUUCGCAGUAGUUUGAUGAUAAAAUCAUGUUUUUUGGUGCUAUUUCAUAUGACUAGCUAGGUGGUGUAGGACGGGGUUCACUCUGAGGCUUGUUUUUCAUUUUUUACAUUUUCAUAUUCAUUUUGUUGUGUUCUCUUAUGGCUGUAUGUAAUGAGCAAUGAAAUUUUUAAUUUGACAAGCAUCAAAAUAAUUAUCUUAACAUAAAUGUUGUUGUAUAACACUGACAUAUGUAGAACAGGGCAUAUAUGAGAGACCAUCAAAAUAUAUAUAUAACAAGGCGUAUAUAAGUGACCAUCAACACAUGGUCAGGACAAUAAUUAUAUAUAACAAGGCGUAUAUAAGUGACCAUCAACACAUGGUCAGGACAAUAAUUAUAUAUAACAAGGCGUAUAUAAGAGACCAUCAACACAUGGUCAGGACAAUAAUUAUAUAUAACAAGGCGUAUAUAAGAGACCAUCAACUUAUUCACAUGGUCAGGACAGUAAUUUUCCAAGAUAUUCACAAGGCCCUUGAUUUCGGCUAAAACAUUUUUAUUUUAUGUCCCUUCUUCAACGAAUACAAACAGACAAAAUUCAGUGUACUCAUGCUGUGCUGUUAGUAAAUGUUUUAUGUAAGUUAUGUCAAGUGACACAUGUGUAUACAUGUUCUGAUGACAUGAUUAGUGUAAAUUUUAAGGUAAAUUUGUACACAAAAUGGUGGUGAAGAUACUAGAUAUAAAUUGCAAAAAUGUUUUAUAACUGUGUCAUUCUGAACUCUUGUUGUUAUUGACUUGAUGUUGCUGAUGUUUUGUAACCUGUUUAAAUUAGAAUGAAAAAUGUGCCAGUAUUUUAUACAUAGCUAGCUUUACAUAAAACAAUAUGUCUAGGGGGCCAUGUUACGCACAAACUUUUAAAAUGAUGUUUUGAGUAUUUAGAAUAUCUUUUUUGGUUUAAAUGGUAUUUAUUUGAAUAACUUUUACCUGUGAGAAUAUAUAAACAUUAUACAUGAGCAAGCAAAUACAAUGCAUAGAUAUAUAUAAGUAUAUCACACAUUAUAGAUAUAUAAAUGCAUAAUAGCACUUAGGUGUUUCAGACAGAACAACGACGUAGGUGAUAGCGUGAAGCUUUAAAUAUACAAAGGUCUCACUUCUGUAAUAUCUAUUUUGAAACUAAUACCGGUAGCCUUGGUGGGUUAAGGCAAUGUUUAUUUGAUUUUACAAGUUAAACUUUGAAGUUUGUUUGUAACACUCCCUUCGCAUUGGACUGGAAUCCAUGAUCUAGGGAUAUUUUGUCUAUUUCAUUGAUUAGAAGGCCUCUUCAUGCUUUAUGAUCAUAUUACAUGCCCCUGUAUACUUCCUUCUUGCUGUUUGCUAUAGAUAUAUAUUUAGAAAAUCAAAACUGUUUAUGCUCGGAGAAAAUAUGCUUUUUAUCAUGCAAUCUUACAUGUUUUAUAAAGAAAUCAUAGUGAUUCUUAGUUUUGAAUUGUUGGUAUUUGUUAAUAUUUGUUUUUUGUUUUUUAUUGAAAGAAAAUGCUUUUGUUAAAAUGGUCAAUGUUUUUACCAUAUUCUAAAAUGUAGUUUUUCUUUUGUGUUGAUGACAUGGAAUUAUUACAGUAAAAAGAAUUGUUUAAAUUGGUAAUUCUGAAAAAAAAUCCGUCCACAUUGAUACCAAUGCCACAUUGAGUAGUGUUAGAAGUACAGUUGUGUAUAUCAAACACCUGUAAUAAUGUUGCAUAAUUUGUGAAAACAGCAAUCUCAUGAAUCACUGAGAACGUGUAUUGCUUUCUCUCGCUCUCCACUAAUAAUUCCUUUGAUUUGUACAUGUAAAAAUGUUUAUAAUAUGAAUUUUGCCUACGCACAGCUAGGAUUGCAAUAUAUUCAAGGAGUUUUGAUUAGGUGAGCUUCAUUUAUUUGUUCAGAAAGCCCAAUUUCUUUAGUGUAAAUAGGCUCUUAAAUUUCAUGGGAAUAGGGUCAGACAUUAUGUUCAGUUUUUUGUGUGAUAAUACUUGGAACUAUUGAAAUUCAUAAUCAAAAAUUUAAAAAUGAGAUCUCUUGUUUAGAAAUACCAACUACACAGUAUAAUACAGUAUUUGAAAAUGUUAAAGAAAAUGGUUUAUUAUGCUGAAAUUGUAUUUUUAGGAGGAGAUAAAUGGGGGGUUUCAUUUUAAACGCAUUGUACUGCAUUCAUAACCCAAAUAUUUGAAUUGUAAGAAGUUCAUAGAUUUCUCUCGUUUAGUGCAAUAAAAUAAGCUGGUCUUACUAUAAAGGUAUUAUAUAGCUCGGUGCCAAUACGUUGUUGUUGUUUUUUAAAUUUACCAAAUGUGAAGAAGUUUUAAUGAACAUUGAUAGAAGUCUUUAAGGUUAGAUCUGUCAGAUUGCUGAUUGUGAGUCAAGGUAAGAUCUGUGAGAUUGCUGAUUGUGAGCAUGUGAACAUGAUUUUUAUUCUUUACAAGUUAAAUAACAAAUUGUAACAUAUUUAAAAUAAUGAUACCUUUAAUACAACUUCAUAGGCAUGUUUCCAAAGCUAAGAACAGCAAUCUCAGGCUAUGUAGAUCUGCAAAUGUUAAAUGAAACAGUAAAGACAAAUCUCAUGUUGUUACAAGAAGUAAGGAUGUCCUGCUAUUUUUAUUCACUGACUGUCACGCUUGAUGACCAAGGAGUUGUUUUUUCUAUAUUUCUUUUACUUGUCAUUUGUCAAUUGGAUUUUGAAAUAGGUUAAUAAACAAAGAAAUUUCAUUGGGCACUCAAAAAGUGAAUAGUUACUCAGUUUUCAUUGGAUCAUUAGAGGAAAAAUUAAUCUUGAUGUGAUUUGUCCUGAGCAGGGAACCAGGCAGUCAACAAUCUGACAGACCAUACCUUUACAAAUGUUGCUACCUGUGCCAUACUAUAUCGAACAUUGAAAUCCAUGACGAAAGAUGUACUAUAAACAGUUGUUAAAUUGCGUAUUCUAGGCAAGAAAGGAUAUUAUCCCUGAAAUAUAUCAGAAAUGUUGUGAUAAGAUAGUUCGAGUCAAAAUUGAUAUGUACAAACUGCGUUUAUGCUUGGUAAUAAAAUAUAUUUGCAUUA